AUGUGACUACAAUAAUAAUAAUAAUAACAAUCGUAAAUAAUACAUAUAAAAUUUUACGGGUUAUCAAUUUUUCGAUAGACAGUUGCGUCCUUAAGUACUCAAGAUGCAUUUGAAAACAGUUCUACCGUUGUUUGUGUUUACGUGCGGUUUAUUAUAUUCCGUGGAAGGGCAGUCGGUGGUGUGUCCGGCGGUGCGCACGACGAGCGGCUGGCUGGAUCUGUUCCCGCUGCCGUGCAGGAAGCAUGCAGAGUGCCGCGUCAUGGGCACGCAGCACCUCUGCUGCAAGGGAUACUGCACCAAGGGCAUCAAGCCCGCACCUAUACGAACCGACCAGCAGAAGAGUAGCGUAACUGAGGCUAGUAGCACAAGCACAAGCACAAGUAGCACCACAACGAGCACAAGCACCACAACGACCACAACAACCACUACAACGACCCCGAGUACCACCAGCUCGACCACGACCACUACGACGACCACGCAGCGACCCACGGAGCCGCCGCGACCAUUCCUGCAGAUCCUGCCCAUCAUCCAAUCUACACAGGCGACGCAAGCGCAGAGAAAUGCUCCUGCUAAGACAGGCACUGACAUAACCGCUGUUAAUUAUUCGCGCACACGCGAGUCGUUGGAUUACGAGUACUCGAACAGCGAGUCGAAUAAAGUGUCCUCGAGUGCAGGAAAGUCGCAGAAGCUGGUGUGUCCGAAGCCCGGGAGCGCUCCGGUGCUGUUGUUCCCGAUCCCUUGUGAGAACAACGCUCAGUGUCGCGUCACCAGCGGGCCCGAUCAAGUUUGCUGCGAGCGCCGCUGUGUGAAGGGCGUGCCGGCGCCGCGGCCCACCUCCAAACCCCGGUCGCACCAACCAUUGCUCGGCGUGAUCCCUCGCGAGUGCCCGACCGCGCCGCUCGGGGAGCUGUUGUUCGAGGUGCAAUCCUGCAAGACGGACGCCGACUGCUGGCCGCGGGUGUGCUGCCCCGACGGCACGCGGUCUUACUGCCGCACGGCCCGUGCGCGCCUCGACCUCGUACCCAUAGCCAACCAGAUCGACGGGCCGGUGCGCAUGUUCGAGCAGUACUUGCAGUGCACCAAGCCGCCGCAGUACGACCUGUUCCCGCAGAAGUGUUCCUCCAGCGUGGACUGCUUCCCUAACCUGUGCUGCGCCGAGGGAGGCAAUAAACAUUGCCGCCCGCCGCAGCGCAGUCUACUUGCACUGCUCGCAGGAGUCACGCAGAGAGUCGGAUCAACCCUAAGCAACCUGAGGCAAUCUCAAGCUGCCAAUAGUAAUAAAGCGUAAAGUUAUAUGUUGUAAAUAGUAGUGUUAAAAUUGUAGGAAUUUUAUAUUUUUAUACUUUUGUACAGUUGAGUAAUAAAUAUUUUGUU